CCAGCGGAGGUGGCGCUCGGCUCCAGCAGGGGACUCAGGGAGCCACUGGAGACGGAAACAGCUGCAGUCAGCGGAAAGAGGCGGACUCUGACCCCGGACCUCCAGACUCUGACCCCGGACCCCCCGGACUCCUCCCGCGGCGCUGCCUCCGUCUCUGCCGGGCUGAGUCCGUCUGAUCCGGGCUGCCAUGAAGCGGAGACUCCUGCUGGUGUCCAACUCCACCCUGUACGGCAGCGGGUUCCUGGACCACUGCCAGCAGCAGAUCCUCGGUUUCUUCGGAAAAGAUGUGAAGAGGGUGCUGUUUGUUCCCUAUGCUCUUCACGACAGAGAUGCAUACACCAGGAAAGCCCGGGACAAGCUCCGCCCUCUAGGGUAUGAGGUGGACAGCAUUCACGAGGCCUCGGACCCGGUGGCCGCCGUACGACAGGCUGAAGCCAUUUUCAUCGGAGGAGGAAACACCUUCCGGCUGCUGCGGACUCUGUACCAGCAGGAGGUCCUGACCGAGAUCCGCAGGAGGGUUCUGGAGGACGGCCUCCCCUACAUGGGCUCCAGCGCCGGAACCAACGUGGCCACGGUCAGCAUCAGCACCACCAACGACAUGCCCAUCGUCUUCCCCCCGUCCUUCGCCGCCAUCGGCCUGGUGCCGUUCAACAUCAACCCCCACUACCAGGACCCGGACCCCAGCAGCCGCCACAUGGGGGAGACCAGAGAGGAGAGGAUCCGGCAGUACCACGAGGAGCCCGGCACGCCCCGCGUCCUGGGUCUGAGGGAGGGGUCCAUGCUGCUGGUGGAGGGAGACAGAGCCACGCUGCUGGGGACCACCGGCGCCCGGCUGUUCACCAGGGGGGAGCCGGCGGCGGAGUUCAGCCCGGGCAGCGACCUGAGCUUCCUGCUCACAGACGCUGCCUGACCAGGAGGACGCUCCGCUGCAGACUGAAUAAACUCUUCACACAAACGUUCAGUUCGUCUCUGAAUGAGUGCAGUGCCACCAAAUCAAACGCGGACACGCCGCAAGAUGUGAACAAAUCAGUUUAUUUCAUGUCAAAAGUGAAAUCAGGUUUAUAGGAGAUCGUUAAUUUCAUUCUGGAGGUGAAAGAAUACAUACAUCCAAAA